AAUGUUUACAAAACACAACAACCUAUGUUUCACUUCUACAUCUCGGGAUCUACUAGAACACCUCCUUGUAAGAUGGCAAAAUAUAUUAUGGACCCUGUAAAUCUCGACUAUGGAAAUGACAGUCAAGCAACUAAUAUAUUGGACACCCGGUUUGAAAGAAUUGAAGUGAAAAACUUGAGCAGAAACAAAUAUAUGUUACUCAUAUUCCACACUCCAAAUUCCCCCAAAUACAUUUUCCACUUUGAACCACAAGUUGUGAUUCUUUCUGCCCGAACAACAAAAACAGUGACUUCUUAUGUGACCAUCUUCUGUUCAACAAAAGUCCGUGAUUUGAAGAUCCCAUACACGGUGUGGUUCAGUAAAUCAAAGAGAACAUUGAUUGAAAUAUCAAAUCUUCUCAAAGACAAGAGUUUUGAAAAUUGGACAAACUCCGACGAAAAGAAAAUGGAGUACCUUAAAAAGAAUGUCAGAAAACAAAUCCACAAUCAGAUUACAAUUAAAACAGAUGCGGCAAGUUCAACACAUAUUGACUUAGACGAAUUGAACAUGUCCGAGUUCCCCAUAGCUGAAGGAGCAAUGGGCAAAGUGUAUAUUGGCAGCUAUAGAAGUGUUCCCGUCGCAGUCAAACAAUUUAGAUGGGAAAGUCUCAGCGAUGAAGAUAUGAAGGAACUAAAGAAAGAAGUUACUGCAGAAUGUGAAAUUAUGAGCAAACUUCGAAAUCCGUUUAUCGCGAGUUAUAUGGGUUCAGUGACAUACAUUCCACAAGUCUCAAUGGUCAUUCAGUUCUUUGUUUUGGGUUCACUUGGAGAGUAUUUGCGUAAGGACAAGAGAGACUACAUCAAACUCCCAUACAAAUUGAAAGUGAGGAUGCUGUUUGAUACAACUCGUGGAAUGCAAUUCUUGCAUGAAAACAGAAUUAUGCAUCUUGACUUAAAGCCAGACAAUUUGCUUGUUAACUCAUUGGAUCCAAACAGUGCAUGUUCAAUCAAAAUUACAGAUUUUGGUACGUCAAGAUUCACUAAAAGGACGAUCGGUAAAGGACAAGAUAAAGGACUUGGAACCCCGAUUUAUGCUGCUCCCGAAACAUUCCACGAUGAGUACACAUUUGCAGGUGAUGUUUACUCGUAUGGUAUUACUGCUUGGGAAAUUUUUUACCAGGACGAGCCUUACAACGAGCUUCGGUCUGUCUUUGAAAUUAAAAACUAUGUUGAGUCUGGAAAAAGACUGAAACUGGAGAAUGGUAUGCCUCCCAUAUACCAGGAAUUGGUCAAAAAAUGUUGGGAACAAGAACCAAAAAAUAGACCAACAUUCGACCAAGUUGGUAAAAUUGUUAUUUUACUCAACGACGACAUAGCAAACCAUCAAGAACUGGAUAUUGAAGUUUCUCAGGACAAAAUCGAAGAACUCAUCAAUAAUAGAGACCAAAGAAUGAGAAAACAACUUGAAGAAAUUAGCAAAGAUGUAUAA